UAAUAUAAUGUUUCAAUUUAUUAAUAAAAACACUUAUAACGAAAAAUAGUGCAGAAUUGAAUUAUGGCGCUAGAAAAGAGGGCGCAGUAUAAGUUCUACCUUCCUUCUUCUCCUAGUAGAUGGCGCCAGCAACUUUCCCUAGGCUAGUAAAAUGUACAAAAUGUCUCAUGUAAACCAGUUAUAAUGCAUACUAAUACUCGAAUAUUUACAGUAACUUGUUAGUGACUAGUAGUGUAUUUUAAAAAUACAUAGUUUUAAACUUGAUGAAAAUUAUUUUAUAUAAAUAAAGUUUCAAGUAAAAUAAUCUAUUAAAUAAUGGCUUGUAAACAAGGCAAAGAUUUAGCACUAUCAAUAUUACGAACAUUACCAAGAGUAAGUUUAGGUAAUAUUCGAGAUAAUCCUGGUGCAAGGAGGCCUUCCCAACGUGGUCGAGGUCAACAUGGUGGAGAUAAACACGGAGCUGGCAAUAAAGGUUCAGGCCAAAGACAAAAUUUUAUGCGCAUUGGAUAUGAAACUGGAAAUACCCCAUUUUACCUUAGAUUUAGUCGUGAACCAUAUUAUAAAGGUCACCAUUUAAGAAGAGAAUAUCCUCCUUUAUCUUUAAAUCAGUUACAAAUGUAUAUUGACACAAACAGAUUAGAUUCAUCCAAACCUAUUGAUCUUGUGUCAAUAAUUAACACAGGAUUAUAUACUUUUAAAAUUGAAUGGAAACAUGCAGGUGUUCACCUUACAGAUGAGGGGGCAGAUAAUUUUAAAGCAAAAGUAAAUAUAGAAGUUCAAUGGGCUAGUGAACCUGUAAUUGCAGCGAUUGAAAGAAAUGGUGGCACUAUUACUACUGCAUAUUAUGAUCCUCAUUGUUUAUUUGCAAUAAAUGAUGUAGAUAGAUUUUUUACUACUGGAGAACCAAUUCCACGUAGGCUAAUGCCACCAACAGAUUGUUUAGAAUACUAUAUGAGUGCAGCAACAAGAGGAUAUUUAGCAAAUCCUGAAGAGAUUUCUAAAGAACGAUUAGUUUUAUCUCAGAAAUAUGGUUAUGAACUCCCAAAAAUUGAAGAUGAUCCAGAUUAUGAAAUGCUUAACCAACGUAAAGAUCCUAGACAAUUAUUUUAUGGCCUUGAACCUGGUUGGGUCAUUAGUCUUAAAGAUAAAGCAAUUCUUAAACCUAAAGCAGAAUAUCUUAAAGAAUUUUAUACAAGUUAAUUCUUUUGUAAGAUGUUAAUUUAAUAAAUGAAUAAAUGUGAAAAUAGUUUAUAAAACCAAAUAAGUUUAUACUUCUAUUUAAUAUUAAGUUAAACAAAUAAAAGAAGUUUCAGAAAUUCAUUUAACGUGAUCAAUGAAACAUACAAACAAGAAAGUUAAAAAGUAGGUUGUAGCGAGUGGGAAACGAAAAGUGAAAAUAAAGUAUACAUAUGUAUGAAAUAUGUGUAAAGUCUCAGAAAUAAAAAAUCGAGCGCAA